AUGUCCGAGGACUCGGCCGGCUCGCCCUGCCCCUCGGGCUCCGGCUCCGACACGGAGAACACGCGGCCUCAGGAGAACACCUUCCCCAAGGGCGAGCCGGACCUGAAGAAGGAGAGCGAGGAGGACAAGUUCCCCGUGUGCAUCCGCGAGGCCGUCAGCCAGGUGCUCAAGGGCUACGACUGGACGCUGGUGCCCAUGCCCGUGCGCGUCAACGGCUCCAGCAAGAACAAGCCGCACGUCAAGCGGCCCAUGAACGCCUUCAUGGUGUGGGCGCAGGCGGCGCGCCGCAAGCUGGCCGACCAGUACCCGCACCUGCACAACGCCGAGCUCAGCAAGACGCUGGGCAAGCUCUGGAGGCUGCUGAACGAGAGCGAGAAGCGGCCCUUCGUGGAGGAGGCGGAGCGGCUGCGCGUGCAGCACAAGAAGGACCACCCGGACUACAAGUACCAGCCGCGCCGCCGGAAGUCCGUCAAGAACGGCCAGGCUGAGGCCGAGGAGGCGGCCGAACAGACGCACAUCUCCCCCAACGCCAUCUUCAAGGCGCUGCAGGCCGACUCGCCUCACUCCUCCUCGGGCAUGAGCGAGGUGCACUCCCCCGGCGAGCACUCGGGGCAAUCCCAGGGCCCCCCGACGCCGCCGACCACCCCCAAGACCGACGUGCAGCAGCCGGGCAAGGCCGACCUGAAGCGCGAGGGGCGCGCCCUGCCCGAGGGGGGCCCCCGCCAGCCCCCCAUCGACUUCCGCGACGUGGACAUCGGCGAGCUGAGCAGCGACGUCAUCUCCAACAUCGAGACCUUCGACGUCAACGAGUUCGACCAGUACCUGCCCCCGAACGGCCACCCGGGGGUGCCGGCCACGCACGGCCAGGUCAGCUACACGGGCAGCUACGGCAUCAGCAGCGGCACCGCGGCGGCGGCGGCGGCGGCCCCGGCGGGCGCGGGCGGCCACGUGUGGAUGUCCAAGCAGCAGGCGCCGCCGCCGCAGCCGCCCCCGCAGGCCCCGCAGCCCCCGCAGCAGCCCCCCCAGCAGCAGCCCCCGCAGGCGCCCCCGCAGCCCCCGCAGGCCCCGCAGCCGCCGGCGCACACGCUCACCCCGCUGGGCGGCGAGGCGGGCCCGGCGCAGCGGCCGCACAUCAAGACGGAGCAGCUGAGCCCCAGCCACUACAGCGAGCAGCAGCAGCCGUCGCCCGCCGCGCAGCAGAUCGCCUACAGCCCCUUCGGCCUCCCGCACUACAGCCCGUCCUACCCGCCCAUCACCCGCGCGCAGUACGACUACAGCGACCACCAGGGCUCCGGCGGCUCCUACUACAGCCACGCGGCCGGCCAGGGCUCCGCCGGCCUCUACUCCACCUUCACCUACAUGAACCCCGCGGCGCAGCGGCCCAUGUACACGCCCAUCGCCGACCCCUCCGGGGUGCCCUCCAUCCCGCAGACCCACAGCCCCCAGCACUGGGAACAGCCCGUCUACACACAGCUCACCAGACCCUGA